AUGAAGGCCUCCUUGGUCGCCUCGCUGGUCCUCGGGGCCUGGCAGGCCUAUGCCUUCCCAGCCGCGCUAGAGGAGCGUGCUGCUUGCAACAAGGACAAUCUGCUCAACGCCUUCACCAAUCCUGCCCACAGCGCUGAGGCCAGUACAUUCUGCUCUGCCUACAUCUCAGUGCCUCUGACAUCGACGUCGACCUUUCGUGGACCCGAUACGUGUACUCUUUUCACCACCGGAUACACCGCAAUAGCACGACAUCCGCUCCAGCUUUACAACCUGCAGCGACUCCCAGAUCCUGCUCCGGCAACAAUCAUUUACGACAGCGCGUCUCCAUCGCCCGUGACCGUACCAGGUGGUGCACUCAACUACGUCUCGCCCUCACAGCACGCCAAGGUGAAGCGGGAUGUCGAAGAGCCCAUGAUCACACCGUCUCCGACGGUCGAUGAUGCCGCAGUGGUGGAACUGAGGCGUCGGGCGGCCUCCGCGGUCCCAUUGCCCACAUGGCUUUCAACGACAUACCCAGCCUCCCGCAUAUCGAGCGCCUGUUCCUGCAUCUCACCUUCAGCUGCAUUUUCGACAGUCGUUUCCAUCAACGACUACACACAAGUGACCACCGCAACCUGCACAGACUACUCGAGUGCACUACCUGUCCGAACCUACCCGGCAUACUGUGCACCUACCCUCCAGGUCAAUGCGCCAGCACCAGCAAGCCACGCCAACUGGAAGGUAACACCAAACUUCCCCACGUCUAGCAAGAUGGACUGCUGCGACGCCUGCACCAACGUGUUCAACUGUGUCUGGUGGAAGUUCGACUUUGGGUCGAAAGGCGACCCUUGGGCACCCGGUCAAUGUCAUUAUGCUUACUAUACCGGCAACGUAACCUAUGAAGGCACUGGAAACGUUCCGGCUAUAUGUCCCAACGGCGUGACGCAGGGCAUUGAUCCCAAGUCGCCGACGAAUUAUGGGCGUGAGUCGAAUCUCUAUGGCACUGGCUAUAACUAUGGGGCUUGCGGGAACGCGCCGAACCUCUUCCAGAGCAGUCAGGAUUUUGGCUAUCCGGAUAAUUUUCAGGGCUGUGGUAAUUUGGCUGUGCCGUACUAUAGUGGGACGUGUUCGUAG